GAAUGCACCCAAUCUGUAGCGUGGCUAUUCGCAAUGGAGUUAUCAGAUAUAUACAUGAGAAUAGCCAAAAUGACCCUUUAUCUCAGCCCAAAUAAGAUUUUCGUAAAUCUGUGCAAGAGCAAGAUUGAUUCAUGCGUCGUGUUUAUAUUUGUCUUCCUUUCCUAUCAUUAUGACCUAACGCGGAAACAAAAGAUAUUCUUCAGCGAAACGACUAGGAAUCACCGUUAUAUAUAUAUAUAUGUGUAUAUAUAUAUAUAUAUAUAUAUAUCUCCUUGGCACAUUGGAGUAAGUGUAAGCUUAUCUGCGAUCUAUUUUUUGGUUAUCGCGCUUUGCAUUAAAAUACACUGUAACUUCACGAGGGUAUACUGAUUACUCGUUGCAAUCAUGCCGAGAGACCUGAGACAAACUAUGAAGAAAGUUCGACGUGGGUCUCGUGGUAAGCGCCAAGAUAUCACAUCGUUUAGAUACGAACAGAAAAUGAUAUUGGAUUCAAUGAUAGAUGGCACAGAUGCCGUUCAAAAUAACGUAUUAAUGGAACUUGGUGCACAACUCGCAUCUAAACUCAAGGUUUCUGCAAAUUUCAAGUUGAAACAGGAACGUGCGAAAUCCAACAGGACUGCAAUGUGUGAAACUCAGGAGCAAGUUGCAUCGAAUUCCUCAGGAUACGAAACGGACAUUAUGAGGAUGGCGAGUACAUUGUGGGUAUCGUCGAGUAGCGGAUCAGUAGCUAGCAACACAACGCACAAUAGUAUUAUGCAAGAUGAAAGUGAAUCCACAGAAGAAGAAAAAGAAACAAAUGACAUCAGGACAUCAGCUACGACAAAUCACUUGAAGAUUGACACAUUUCACACAUGCAGGUCAAUGAAUAAAGAUGUUACAUUGCAUGAAAAUGAUGCAAGAACCAUGUCAGAUAAACCACAGAACAUUGCUUUGAAUUGCAAGUCAAAAUUAAAGCUCAAAGUAGAAUUGGACAAAGUUACAGCAACUAAUUGUUUAUGUUCAUGUCAGAUACAGGAGAAACAUUCAGUUACAAAUCAGGCUGAUAUCUGCAGCAAAUCACCAAAAAAAAGUAAAAAGAAUAAAAUAGCAAUGAGAGAGUUUAAGGAAAAUACACAGAAGGAAUGCUGUUGCAUUAAAGAAGAAACAGAAAAAAAUUGUGCAACAAAGAAAACAAAAAAUGCACGGGAAAUUACACAGCAGUUGUCAGAAAAUAUGUUUUCAGAUUAUAUACCUGUGCCAGAAAUGAAAAAAAUCUUGGAAAAUCAAACAUUUGAUAAUAUACAAUAUGUAAAAGGAACUAUCCGUGUAAACCCUAAAUAUAAUCAUUUUGCUUAUAUAAGCAUGAUAGAUGGGGAACGUGAUUUAUUAAUAAAUAGUAUAAUUGAUAGAAAUCGUGCUUUUGAUGGAGAUUUAGUUGUAGCACGUAUAAAUCCUGAAGAAAAUUGGCAGAUACUUGCCAAUGGAAAAAUACAAAAAACUGGCACAGUUAUUUGUAUAUUGGAUAAACUACAUCCAAGGAAGGCAAUUGGGUAUUUAACACAACAUGUACGAAAAUGCAAGCCUUAUGUGCUAAUCAAACCGAAAGAUAUAAGAAUACCAUUGAUUAGGAUACCCUCAAAGUCAAUGCCAAAUUUGUAUCAUAAGCAACCAAAUCUUUAUAAUAAUGUAAUAUUUUUGAUUGUCAUUAAUCACUGGACACAGCCGAGUCAUGCAUCAGGGGAAAUUCUCCAGAUAGUGGGUGAAUCUGGUGACCUAAAUGCAGAAGUAACAGCAAUAUUACUCGAAAACAAUUUGGAUGUGUCGCCGUAUCGACAAGAGUUGUUACAAGGGCUUCCCGAUAGUGAUUAUGUCUUGACAAAUGCCGAUAUAAUGGGCAGAGAAGAUUGGAGCAACGAAUGUGUUUUCACGAUAGAUCCUGCCACAGCUGUUGAUUUGGAUGAUGCUGUGUCUUGUAAAGUCUUGAAAAAUGGCAACUAUGAGGUUGGUGUGCACAUAUCAGACGUAACGCAUUAUUUAGAACUCUUCUCUCCAUUAGAUAAAGCAAUUUCUAAACGAGCCACCACUGUUUAUUUACCACACACAUCUUACCACAUGUUGCCGGAGCAGCUCUGUCGAGUUUGUUCCUUGCUACCCGGCAAGGAUAAAUUAGCUUUCUCAGUAAUUUGGGAACUGACACCGGACGGCGAAAUUGUGGAACAACGUUUCGCAAAGACUGUAAUAAGAUCAUGUUGUCAAUUGUCCUAUGACCUUGCUCAAAUUAUGAUUGAUAAUCCUGAAGAAGUUUUAUCUGAUAAAGUUUUGGACAUAAAAGGAAAUUUCACGGCGUUAUCAUUAUCCAAUACGGUGAAUAAUCUUUUUAAAUUGUCGACUAGCUUGCGAAAUAAACGAUUUAGUAACGGUGCGCUCAGCUUGGACCAACCAAAAAUACAUAUAUGUAUGGACCCCAAAAUUAUGCGGGAACACGGAAUUUCAGUACCUGUGAACUACCAACUCGAAGAAAGAAGAGACAGUAACAGGCUCAUAGAAGAAUUUAUGCUGUUGGCAAAUAUGACAGUUGCCGCGCAAUUAUAUAGCACGAUUCCUGAAACGGCUUUAUUGCGCAUCCAUAGAGAUCCGAUCAAGCAUAGUCUUGUAACGAUUCAUGAGACAUUGCGAAAAUACGGAAUCCAUUUGGACAUCGAGACAGCUGGAGCUUUAAAUGCCAGUAUUCAACGCUAUGAAAGAGAUUUAUUAGAAUGUAAUUCUAGCACAAUGAACAAUACGAUGCAACAUGUUAUAAUGGUUAUCACGAAUUUAUGUUCAAAAGCUAUGACACGUGCAGAAUACAAGUGUGCAUCUGCCGUCACUUCGAGCGAUGACUUGAAGCAUUACGCAUUGAAUGUACCACUUUAUACGCACUUUACGUCCCCUAUUCGAAGGUAUUCCGAUUGCAUAGUUCAUCGUUUGCUCUAUGCGACGAUCGCGAAUAAACCAAUGCCAAGGAAAUGGACGGCUAAACUUUGUUCUAGAAUAUCAAACAAUUGCAACGUGAAGAAGUACAACGCAAAAUUAGCUCAAGAGCAAAGUACCGAGCUAUUCUUCGUGCACAUGGUAGGUCUUGCGGGAAGUUUUGAAGCUCUGGCUAUUGUAGCGGAGAUAAAGGAACGCAAUAUGGAUGUUAUUCUCUGUGAUACCGGCAUAAAGUUGAAGAUAUAUUUUAAAGACAUAAAACACACCGUUGCUGUAAAGUAUUCGGCAGAUCUAACGGUCCCAACUGUAACAAUUCAAUGGAAGACGCUUCCCGUUACACAGAUAAUUAAUAUGUUUUCUUCGGUACGUGUACGAGUGGAAAAAAUGAACGAAGACUUGCGUUUAAAAGCAACCCUCAUUCAAUAAUAGCGAGGUGAUGCGCAACGUUUGUAAUAUUUUUAUUUUUGUAUUUUUUUUUACAAGGUAAAUGGCUAUGUUUACAUCGGUGUUUAUACAAGGUGUGUAUUCGCGAGUAAUGAAUGACAAUCGUAAGUACGCAUUCGUAAAUGUGUGUCAACGCGUAUGUCAAUUGUAUAAAGUAUACGUAUUCUGGUAUAGUUCUAAUAUAUAGUUAAUAUAUUUAUAAAUGUAUUAGCGUAUGUAGAAUAUAUACAGUAAUUUAUUUGCGAAUGCAUAUUUAAAAUUGCCAUUUGUUAUUUCGGGAUAUAUUUUGCAUCAGUUUAUACUAGUAGCCUGAUACGACGAAUCAUUGUGACGACGAAAGAUUCUUUUUUUCUUUCUUUUUUAUAAUUUAUAUAUAUAGUGGAAAUUGCAUAUUUAUAUGUUGUAUUUAUAUGUGUAUUAAAAAAUAAGUCUACCAAUUUGGAGGAUCACAAAUGAUAAUUGUUAAGAAUACAGGAAAAGGAUGUUAAUUCAUAAUUAUUACCGCACGAAGAAUUAGAAGUGUGGUAUCGUUAAAAUAAAAGUAACAUUCCACUCUUAAACGUAUCAUUAUACAUGUACGUAUGUAUAUGGCGUCUUUAUAGAGAUCUUUUUUUAUCAUUAUUGUACAUUAAGAAACUCGGAUCAUGUCUCUCUAUUUGAAAGACCAAAUUUGUAUAUAUAAUCCAUUAUUGACAAUUGUAAAUUUAAGCAAUUUUUAAUUUAUAAAAUAUCGUGUAUUGCGUAUAAAUAUUGCUCUCUCUCUCUCUCUCUCUUUCUCUCUCUUAUAAUGUGAUCUUCCGAUUCGAUGGGAUGAGAGAUUAACAUCUUUUUAUACUACUAUUACUAUUAAUACCAUUUUACGUGAUUGAUAUGCUAAUCUUUUUAAGCAUUAAGUCAACAAUAAAUAAAUAUUCAUUCUUUUUUCGCGCGCAGACAAAUCAUUUUACUGAACGGUACUUAAUGAAUUGUUAUCGAAUAUGAUAUAUAGUUAUAUGAUAUAUGAUAUAUAGUUUUCUUCGGUAAAACACGAAUUUUUAUUAUUGCAAACACAUGGAAAUGGUUGACAAAAGUAGAGUAUGCGUAUGCAUUUUCGUCAAUUUACAUGCGACUUUGAUUGAUCGUCAUUGAACUACUUCACAAAUUAAGAUCAAGACAUGUAGAUGCGUUGCAGACAAUACAGGACAAGCAUUGCUGUUUUAAAAUAUUAAUUUAUUGUAAAUACGACAUAUACAUGUACAAUUGGAUGCAUUAAUGUUAUCUGGUGCAUCCGUUCCGUUUUCGUGUGUUUUUUGAGCGAGCUUUAUUACAAUGAAAAAGAUCAGUGAAAUCUUGCAAGUGCUAACGGAUCAGCGAAAUUAAUGCACCCGAUCAUACGAACCGUGUGUUGUAAUAUAUUUAUAUGAUUUACACAUAAAUACUACAUAAACCUGUAUUGACGGUCAGAGCGGAUAUAUACACUUUCAGAUUUCAUUUCA